UGGCCAACACAUUUUCGGUACAAUGGAUCUCGCGCGCAUUUCCUAUGAGCUUGUAUACGAUUAGAACCGCUUCUACGUUUUUGUGCGUGAAAAACAAAGUUUACUGCUUUACAAUGGCAUCUUAUAAACCGGUCUCGCAUGUGCUUUUCGACAUGGACGGGUUGUUGUUAGAUACAGAGAGGUUGUACACGCUGUCGUUCCAGGAGAUCUGUGAUCGGUUUGGGAAAUUAUACACCUGGGAGAUCAAGUCCACCGUGAUGGGAAAGAAGUCACUGGAUGCAGCCAGGAUCAUCCGAGACGCUCUGGAGCUGCCCAUGACGAGCGAGGAGUUGCUGGAAGAGAGCAGAGCAAUUCAGGAACGUCUUUUCCCCUCUGCUUCCCUGAUGCCAGGUGUGGAGAAGCUGAUCACACAUCUCCACAAGCACAAAAUCCCCAUCGCCGUGGCCACCAGCUCCGCCGGUGUGACCUUCGAGAUGAAGACAAGCCGCCAUAAAGACUUCUUCAGCUUGUUCAGUCAUGUCGUUCUUGGAGAUGACCCAGAAGUGAAAAACGGGAAGCCUCAGCCCGACUCCUUCCUGGUGUGCGCGAGCAGGUUUGACCCCCCAGCUAAUCCAGAACAGUGUCUGGUUUUCGAAGACGCACCAAACGGAGUGAAAGCAGGCUUGGCUGCUGGCAUGCAAGUGGUCAUGAUUCCCGAUCUGAACCUGGACCGCAGACUUACGCAGGAGGCCAUGCUGGUGCUUGAAAGCAUGGAGGACUUCAGACCUGAGCUCUUCGGCCUUCCUGCUUACGAUUAAACCCUGAUUCACACCACAGUUUUCCUUUAAUCAUCAAUCAGUCAAUCUAAAAUGAUAUUAAAUUAAAGCUCAGUUCUUAUGAGCCACAGCGAAAAGUAAUUAAUACCGAAUUUAUGCCCAUAUAAGGCUUGAUAUGUUUUACUUGGAAAUGUUUUAAGGGAUGAACCAAAAAGAAGAGACACUACAAUGUGUGCUUCAGUCUUUUAAUCAAUAUAAAGAAAAAGAAAACAGCGCUGUGUUUGUCUGUCAUGGUUCAGUGUUCUAGCUCGGCCACGAUCGUGAAGCUCUGCAGGAUAUUGAAUUGAUCGCAAGCUUAAUCUGAUUGGUGCAGCUCAGUGAGCCAAUCACAAGCCACGAUCUCUCAGCACACCCAUUAUGCAAUCUCAAGCGCCGACGGCUCGAACAGCACCCAAACCGAUUUUGAUUACGCCGCUCAAUUAGGCGCAAUCAAGCCAUUAGGCCACACGUUUUUUUCUUGCAUCGACGUUUUCCUUGCAAACCCCCCCCCCAUUUUUUUAGAUAAAUUAGUCACACUAAUGGUUUACUUCUAUAUUUAACACACCAGUGAUAUGGUGUCCAACGGCAGUGUAAAAUCCUCGAUUAUCACACUAUUAACCUCGUUUCCUUUUUUAGCGCUUAAUUUUGUUUUCGUUGUGUCAGGUAAAGUGCUAACAAGGCAGUCCUUAUUUUUUAUCUGUGCCUUUUUUUUUUCUCUUAAAAUGCUUUUCCACCUAUUCGACACACAGCCACAAACCCAGAGGGUUUUAUUAAAAUGCCAAAGACAUUUUAAAGUUCCAUGCAGCGUAAUCCAAUAAAAAAAGGAUCUGAGCGAG